GACAGCACUCUGUGUGCGUGUUUGUGUACGUAGAAUUAGCAGAGGGCGAUAAAGCUGGGAAAUGAAGAAGAAUUGUAACUAAAAUACUCCAUUCGUAUUUUACAGUUACACAUCAUUUGAGCCGUUGCAACCGCGAUUAGCAGCGUUUUCCUGUCAACAACAAUAUUAUUGCUUUAAUUGACAAAGAAAUGUCGCAUACAAUUUUGCUGGUGCAGCCGGGCGCCAAGCCGGAGACGCGCACAUAUUGCGACUACGAGAGCGUCAAUAAAUGCAUGGAGGGCAUCUUCAAGAUCUACGAGGAGCAUCUGAAGCGCAGCAAUCCGCAAAUGCGGACAAUCACGUACGACAUCAGUCAGCUAUUUAACUUUAUGGACACACUGUUCGAUAUCAGCUGCCUGAUCUACCAGAAGAUCACCAAUACCUAUGCGCCAUACAACAAGGAUUGGAUUAAGGAGAAGAUCUAUGUGCUGCUGCGCCAAGUUGCAUGCAGUCCGAAUCUCUAGAAAUUCGUGAUUUAUUGUAAUACUGAGUCCACAGAAUGGCAAGCAUUUAGUUGACAUCUAUAAUAAAUUGGUUUUUUC